AUGCCGAGGGGCUUCCUGGUGAAGCGAACUAAACGGACAGGCGGCUCCUACCGAGUGCGCUUAACCGAACGGGUCUUCCCUCUGCCGGGGCCCCAGGUGGCGCAGCCCUUCCCCGAGGAGGUUCCCAGCGCCUCCCUGCCAGGUGCGGAGCGGGCGGCGCCCCUCACCCAGGAGCCCGGAAAGGGGCUAACAGCGGAGGCUGCCCGGGAACUGUCGGAGUCGCCCUGCCGGGCGGCUGGGGUGAGCCCGGGGAUGCGCGGGCGGGAAGGCGCGGAGUGGAGGGCAGAUGGCAGGGAGGGUCCCGGGACCGGGCCCAGCCCCGCGAAGCCGGCUGGCGCGGAGCUGCGUCGGGCGUUCCUGGAGCGCUGCCUCAGCUCGCCCGCUUCUGCCGAGUCCUUCCCCGGGGGUGCCGCCGCCGUGGCUGCAUUCUCCUGCGCGGUGGCUCCAGCAGCCGCACCGACCUCAGGGGAGCAGUUCCUGCUGCCGCUCCGGGCACCAUUCCCAGAGCCCGCGCUCCAGCCAGACCCCGCGCCCCUCUCGGCCACCCUGCACGGCCUGAAGAAGGUCGCCGGCGGCGAGCGCCGCGCCAAGGUACCUCCGGGCUGUGCGUCUGGACCUGCGGCUGCGGGAAUCAAGAAGCCAAAGGCCAUGAGGAAGUUGAGCUUCGCCGAUGAGGUGACCACAUCCCCUGUCCUGGGCCUGAAGAUCAAGGAGGAGGAGCCCGGAGCGCCGUCCCGGGGCCUGGGGGGCAGCCGCACUCCGCUGGGGGAGUUCAUCUGCCAGCUGUGCAAGGAGCAGUACGCAGACCCCUUCUCGCUGGCCCAACACCGCUGCUCCCGCAUAGUGCGCGUCGAGUACCGCUGCCCCGAGUGCGACAAGGUCUUCAGCUGUCCUGCGAACCUCGCCUCACAUCGCCGCUGGCACAAGCCUCGUCCCGCAGCGACAAACGCCACCACAGUCUCCUCCACCGACGGGAAGCCGACUCCCUCGUCGUCUUCGUCCUCCCCGGACUCGGGGGCCAUUGCAUCUUUCUUGGCGGAAGGGAAGGAGAACAGCCGGGUAGAGCGGACUGUGGAUCAGUACCAGCAGGCUAGGGACAGCUCCGGGCCGGAUCAGCACCAGGACAGCGCCCCGCGCCAGGGCCUCCAGGUGCUGAUGCAUCCCGAGCCACCGCUGCCACAGGCCCCCUUCACAGACGGGGUGUUGGGGCGCCAGGUGCUUGGGCCGGGCAGUGCCAGUGGUGGCGGGGGUUCCGAGAUCUUUGUGUGUCCAUACUGCCACAAAAAGUUCCGUCGCCAAGCUUAUCUACGCAAGCACCUGGUCACUCAUGAGGCGGGCUCGGCCCGUGCGCUAGCCCCAGAACGUAGCGCCCCACUCGCCUUCGCUUGCCCGUUGUGCGGGGCGCACUUCCCGUCCGCAGAUAUCAGGGAGAAGCACCGGCUGUGGCAUGCUGUCCGCGAGGAGCUGCUCCUGCCCGCUCUGACGGGGGCUCCUCUCGAAGCGCCGGGCCCAGGCGGGGCACCUGAAGGGAGUGCUCAGCAAAUUUUCUCGUGCAAGCACUGCCCAUCCACUUUUUUUAGCUCCCCAGGGCUGACCCGGCACAUCAAUAAGUGCCACCCCUCAGAAAGUCGGCAAGUAUUGCUGCUGCAGAUGCCUCUGAGGCCCGGCUGCUGA